AAAUCUUGAUGUUUAUUUAAUUGUUUGUCAAAUGUUGCCAAACAUGCUUCCUAUGUUUAUUAUGUAACUAUGUAUUUAUUCCAUGCCUCGAGAGGGUCCAUUCAAGAAAUAAAAUCAAUUUAAUUCAAUGCAUAAAAUGCUGUUGGACGGUGGCGCCGCCAGCGAAAGAGCGGUGCAUUUUGGAAUAAGUUUGGAGUGCGCAUGUUCGGUUUUCAAGUGAGCAUGCAUAAAAUGCUUAGUGUCAGAGCACUUUUGAAUGUAAACAAUAACUUAUCAAUGGCUUGUAAAGAGUUCACAUUUGAAAGAGCGAGACAGCGUGACAGAAGAUAAAUGGUAAUUUGAAGUUUGGACGACCUCUUCGCUUCUACGGGGACAAAUACGACUGCCAACAGCGCCCCCUCACAACAAGCGAACGUCCAUCGCGCGUCGGCCAUGCCUCGCGACGCGUCGCCGCGGUGACGCGAUGGUGAGAGCGGUGCGUCUGUGGGGAGCGUUCGCGCGACGCAGGAAGCUCAUAGUCUGCUCCCUCGUCUCCUUCCUCGCCGGAGUAGCGUUCGCUUGGUUCGCGCGUCGCUAUGGCGACCUCGCACGUCCGCCUCGCCUCACCUGCCUCGAGCGGGAGCUGGAGGGCGGCGGGCGCUCGCACCUGCCGUCCGCACACCUGCUCAUUAUCGUCAUGACCGCGCCCGCGUACCUGGAACGCCGCGACGUGAUCCGGCAGACGUGGCUCCGCCUGGCGGGGGCGGGGAGCAAUGGCGUAGAGCAUCACUUCGUCAUCGGCACGGCCGGGGCGUCGGCGGCGGAACGCGCCGCGCUGGAUCGCGAGCACGAUCGCCACGGCGACCUGCUGCGUCUGCCGCUCGUCAACGACUCGUACGGAGCGUUGACGGCGAAGCUGCUAGCCGCGCUGGCGUGGGUCGACGACCACCGCAACGCAGACUUCGUGCUCAAGGUCGACGACGACACGUUUGUGCGUCUCGACGCCCUCUACGCCAUGCUGCGGGACGACUAUGCCGGCGCCGGCGACCUCUACCUGGGGUUCUUUGACGGGCGGGCGCCGGUGCGGCGGCGCGGCAAGCGGUGGGCGGAGCCGUCAUGGUUCCUCUGUGAUUACUACCUGCCGUACGCGCUGGGAGGUGGCUAUGUCGUGGGGCGCGACCUGGUGACGUUCGUGGCGCGGAAUCGCGACGCGCUGCGUGCGUACGCGAGCGAGGAUGUGUCGCUGGGAGCGUGGCUCGCCCCGGCGCUCGCCCGCCGCGUCCACGACCCACGCUUCAACACAGAGUACCGAUCACGCGGAUGCUUUAACGCUUACCUUGUCACGCACAAGCAGAGCCUCACGCAGAUGCUGGACAAGUACGAGGAACUGAGGACGCAGGGACGCAUGUGCCGGCAGGAGGUGCGCUUGCGUUACUCCUACAUCUACAACUGGAACGUUCCACCGUCACAGUGCUGCAUGCGCAACGACACCCGCGUCCCCUGACGCGUCUGCGGCGGGUCCCGCCUCUGGCAGUUACGAUGCAGUGGAGCUGAGUCUCACCACGUGUAACUAUGGUGCUUGUAACUGUAGCACUUGUAACCAUGGUGCUUGUAACUGUAGCACUUGUAACUAUGGUGCUUGUAACUGUAGCACUUGUAACUAUGGUGCUUGUAACUGUAGCACUUGUAACCAUGGUGCUUGUAACUAUAGCACUUGUAACUAUGGUGCUUGUAACUGUAGCACUUGUAACU